AUGAUCCCUGGAAUACGCCCCGUACCCAGUCGCUUCCCUGGGAGGCACUUGGUGCUGGGCCGCCGCGUCCAGCGCUGCCAGCUUCAUAAUGAUGGGCGGACUCGAGUAUCCAGCUUCUGGAUUCCUACGGGCGGUAUUUCUAAGAAGGCCGUCAGCGGAGAGAAGGAGGAUGCGAAUGACCUCUUGGUUAGAGGAGGAUUCCUACGCCAGGCAUAUUCUGGAGUGUUUCACCUCCUGCCGCUUGGUUUGCGAGUUCAAGACAAACUAGAGAGUCUCAUCGAUAAGCAUAUGCGGUCACUAGGGGCAUCGAAAGUUUCGCUAUCGUCAAUUUCUUCCCAGGAGCUCUGGGAACAAUCCGGUCGACUGACCGAAGGCUCCGACGAGGUAUUCCGAUUUGAGGAUCGAAAGGGUAGUCGCUUCAUUCUUGCUCCGACUCAUGAGGAAGAGAUAACUACUCUGGUCGCGAGGAAAUACCGUGAUGAGGCUCGUCCGAGACAAGGCCUUCUUCGUGGGCGAGAGUUUGUCAUGAAGGAUCUCUACACAUUCGACUACAAUGCGGAUGAGGCGCUCAAGACGUAUCGCGCUGUGAAACAUGCCUAUACCCAACUAUUUGACGAACUGAAGAUUCCAUAUCUUGUGGCGGCAGCAGACUCAGGAAAUAUGGGGGGCAAUCUCAGUCACGAAUACCACUUCAUCAGCGCCAAGGGUGAAGACCGGGUCGUUAGCUGCUCAAACUGCGACCAUGUAUACAAUGAGGAGCUCGCAGACGGUAAGACCCAUAGCCUCCCUGAGGAAUCUGGGAAGGAUCCUGUACCUGGCUUCCAGACAGAGGAGGAUGCCCCUGUCGAAGGAGGCUCAACAGUUUCAACUGGUAUGUGGAUGGCCAUUUCGCAUGAUGGGAAUACUCUUCUCCGGGGCUGGUACCCCAAAUUCUCGAUGCAAAAUGGGUCCACAGAGCCAGAAGAGCGACACGUCAACUCGCAUGCCGCGAAAGCAAUUGCAACGGCAGCAGGUAUCGACCUCGACCUCAGUGUCGAGAAUCCAUUGGAGAAGUGGGUUGCCCAUGUCAAGUCUCGCAAAUCGUCUGAGAAGCCGCGUGUUCUCGACCUGUACGACUCGCAGGUGCGGGUGUACCAGCGCCCGCCGCUUAGCGAUCUUCUCCAAGAGUCUGGCUGCACCACUGCAGACAUCGAAUACACCAUGUUGGACCGUUUCCCUGGAACCUCGAACAAGCUCAGUCUCGUCCGAGUCCACGACGGGGACCGCUGCUCGCAGUGUGGGGACGGUGUUCUGACGAGUAACCCUGCGGUGGAGCUUGGCCAUACUUUCCACCUAGGCACGCGGUACAGUGAAGUGCUCAAUGCCUCUGUGUCUGUCAACUCGGCGGUUCUUGACGGAUCUGCUGAAUCCGGGGGCAAGUCUUCUAAAGAGGUGAUCGUGCCCAUGCAGAUGGGCUGUCAUGGAAUUGGAGUUUCACGCAUGAUUUCAGCCGUUGUGAACCGCUUGGCAGAUGACAAGGGAUUGAACUGGCCUCGUGCCAUCGCUCCUUUUGAGGUUGUUGUGGUUCCUGGCAAGGGACUGGACUCGGUGGCUGAACAAGUCUAUGACAGUCUUGCCUCAGGAAAUUCGAAGCCUGUGGACACCCUUCUUGAUGACCGGGACAAGGGCAUGGGGUGGAAACUGGGCGACGCUGACCUGAUCGGUUACCCAGUCAUUGUGGUGGUUGGCAAUGGCUGGAAGAAGAACCAGACUCUGGAGGUACAGUGCCGCCGUCUGGGCGUCAAAGAGGAUGUAUCUCUCCAUAAUCUUCCCACGUUUGUUCAAGACCUGCUCGCCCAGCUGUGA